AUGGAAAAGAAAAUGGCUGACAAACCUGUGGAAAGACCAACUUUCUUUGAAAUAUUUAAGGCACGAUGCAGUGAAUCAGACUUAGGACCGAUAAGUCUCAACUGGUUUGAGGAACUCAGCACAGAAGCGCCACCCUAUGAAUCUGAAACAUCAGAGAAACCUGAAUACAGAGCUGGCUGGCUUGAUCAAAGUGCUACUAAAACUCCAAGGGGGAAACCCUCUACAUAUAGCCAGUUGGCAUCAACUCCAAUGAUUUUCAAAGAACAGAGUGUAACAUUGCCACUUUUGUCUUCUCCGAUAAAAGAACUGGGUCAGAAGAAAAUAGAAGCAGGCAAAGUCAAUUUGGUUAACAAAGAACAUAGAACAAGUCCACAUGUUAUGAAGACAAAAUUUGAUCAAACAGAUGAAAUAUUUUCACCUCUCAAUACCUCCCUCAAUGUAAGUCCAGCUGCUUUAAGGGAUAUUUACAGAACACCACAAAGAAAUAAUAUUCCUGUGCGAUGUGGACGCUUGUUUUGCACACCUAAACUUUUGGAGGUUACGACACCAAAAUGUAUUUCUGAAGGCCUGGGAGCAGAAGUGGAUCCAGAUAUGUCUUGGUCAAGUUCUUUAGCCACACCCCCUACACUUAGUGCAACAGUGAUAAUCGCUAGAGGAAAUGAUUCAAUUUCUGGAGCAAAGCAACAUGAUGAGAGAAUUACUAUGGUCUUGCACAACUUUUUCUCCAGUCAUGGUAAAAGGCCUGAGAAGAAUGAUAUAAAUGUACUAUCCAUACCAGAGACAGUAAACUUAAAUACAGAAAUUGAUGUCAAAGACCAUGAGCUGGAGAAGAUGUUAGAUGGCUCAUUUGGUGAGAUGAAUAGCUUGGAAGAUAGAUUUCACGUUUCCAUUAAGUCAGAUGGGAACAAAAUGGCACGAAAUGCCCUGGAAGAUGGAGAAAUGCAUGAAAUGACCAUAGAUAUGCCAGAUGCAGGGGAACAUGUUUUUUCUGUAUGUCAUACUAGUGGCAAACAUCUACAAGAAGUGAAAACAACCAACUGGACUACGAAAACACACUUUGAUAAAAUGCCAUCUGUUUUACUUCAGCAGACUAAUGAAGUGAUGGGGAAUUUUAAAGAUGCUUGCUUAAGGUGUGAAAGAGAAUUGGAUUCUCCUAGGUGUGAGCUAUUUACAACUAACAUACCAAAUAAUAGCAUACAGAAGCCCGACGAGAAUAGAAAAUUUACAAGGGAGGAUAUGCCAUCUUCUUUAACCUCUGAAUGGUCUCAGCUGAACUUAUCUGGUUUAGAUGUAACACAGCUGGAAAAAAUAUCCGCCCGUGAUACUUAUUCACCAUCCAGUGUCUGUAGCAAGAAAAGAUCUGAAGGCAAAUUAGCACUUAUGACCAAGGAACAUGCUAACUUCAGUACUUUUGAAACAUCUUUACUGAACACUUCAAGUCUAAUAAAAGCAGAAAAGCUGUUGAAUAUCAAUUGGUCAGAACACAUAGAGAAUGAAACAAAAACUUAUGAAAAGUACUCAACCUCUGAAACCUCUCUAAUGCAUUCUGUCUCUCUGAGUGUUCAGGAUCCACCGUUAGUGAAAGGAUGUGCAGCUGAAAAGGUUUCUGAAGUUAACUUUUUAGACUGUAGUUCCUUAAUGGAAAAUACAAACUUUACAGAGUACCCAGAAGUCCAUAGCUGCUUUCAUAAACAUUUAAAGGAACAUUCUAAAUCUUCCAUAACUGAUGUUACCUCUCACCCUGUUAUAUGUAAUGCUUCAACUCCAAAUAAUCCUGAUGGCACAAAAUGGUCAACAAACAAUGAAAACACCCCCAGGAGAUCUGGCUUGAAAAGCACGAGUGUGCUAUCCAGCUUGAAAAAGAGACCAAAAAGAUUUAUUUAUACAAUAAACAAUGCUUCCCCGUAUCAAGAGGGAAAAGUCCAGAAAGAAAUAAAAACAGGUUCCUCUAGUCAUUCUGCAUCAUCUCAUUCAGAAUUUGAAUCAUGUACCUUUAAAGGUCCUGAUACAGCCAAUAAUGAGGAUCAAGAUCUUUUGGUUUCUUCUGCUGAGAGAAAGUAUUUGCGGUCAGAUACUGAGGAAAAUUCCAUGCUAUUGAGCAAAUAUGCCACAAGAGCAGAUAGAAUAGAUAACUCACCUAAUAGUUCUUUCAAUAACAGAAUGAUACAUCAAGACUUGAAAGAUGCAUUAAAAAAUAAUAGCAGGGAACAUCAGCCUGCUUCAUCAUUAGAUUGCUCAGAAACGUCUAAUACUCCGAAAGAAUAUUUAGUGGUUUCUUCAAACAAUAGAAAUGUUUUGCGUGUAAAGCAUAAAGUUGUAGCUACAGCUUGCCUCCUAGCAACAAAGCAUUCCAAAAUGGACUCUGGUAGGAUUAAACAUGUGGUUCAAUGCCCAAAGAAAGAUGAGAUGGAUGUGCAUACGAAUGUUAAUCCAAAUAAUGACACUGUUAUACUUCAGAUUUUUAAGGAUCAACCUGGAGAGCCGUCUAGUGAUGAUGAACAUUUGGUUGAAAUGGAACAAGAGCCAGUAUCUAUGAAAAAUUGUCACUUCAGUGAUACUUUGAAUGAAAUUAACCUUGGUAUAAGUAAGAACAGUAGUAUUUGUUGCAAUAAAAACAGAUCAGGAGACAAAAAUGAUGUUACAGGCCAUUUGGCAAUAGAUGAAUGCAAAGCUGUAAGUCUGCCACCUUUGGUAAUUCAGCCAUAUAAAAAUUCUAGCACUAAUUUAAACAGAGAGAGAAAAAUAGAUACAGUUCCAUUUUCAAAAGUUAUAGCUGCUGAUCAAGAAACCGAGUCAAUUGAAAAGGAUGAAAAUAAGCUUCAAACAGCUGCUAACAAAAACACUGUAACUAUAGAAAGUGGCAAAAAACUGUUUGAUAGCAAAGACUGUGGUUCAUUACAGGUAGUAAUUUCUGAGAAAUCUACCUUGCCAGAGCUUGCAUUAAAAAUGAGACCUGAACAAAUAGUCUCAGGCUUUAUUACACAAGAACCAGAGCCUAAUAUAGAAGAUAAGUAUUGCAUAAAGAAGGUGAUCAAACUUCCUUCUAAACAUGUUGCAUCAGAUAAAGAUUUAUAUUCAAAAAAACCUUUAUGUUUAGACAUCGAGUCAAAAGAAAACCCAAAAGACAAAGAGAAAUGGUCAGGACACGCAAGUUUUAAUGGCCAUAGCUUAAAUGAAAGCUUUGGUGGCUUCCAAACUGCUUCUAAUAAGCAGAUAAAACUCUCUGAAAAUAGCAUUACAAAAGGCAAAAUGUUGUUCAAAGAUAUGGAAGGUGAGUGUCUUGAAGACUUUUCCAGAGACGGGAUCAAAAACAUUUCAAAUCAAAUUACAAAGGAAAAUGUUAAGAUUUCUCCAGUUGUGGAUAAUAAAUUGGACAGUAACUAUUCCCAUGGUUUUGAUUCACAGGCAAGUCUUGUUGAACCUAAGAAUGCACAAGGUAUCCUGCCUGAAAGCACAGAUUCAUCUCUUCAAAACUUGCCUAGAAAUCAACAACCUCAACUAAACCGAACCUUGACAGCAAGCCAAGAAGCUGAAAUUACUGAACUUUCUAACAUACUGGAAGAAACAAAUAGUCAGUUUGAAUUUACACAAUUUAGAAAGCAAAGUAAUAUGGUGCAAAAUAAUAGCUCUGAACUGUCUGGAUAUGUAGAUACAAAUGAAACAACUAACUUGAAGAAUAUUUCUGCUAUGUGGCAAGAUGCUGAUUUUGAUGACUCUUUUGAAACUGAAGUCCAAAGAGUAAAUGAUAAAUCCAGUAAGCAUACCAACACAAAUGAAGAGUCUACAAUGAUGGGUAAUGUAAAAGAAGAGAGAGAUAUUUUCCAGAAAAAUAACCAUGAAGUUACCUCUACUAACUUACACAGAAAUGCAAAUAAGACACCUCUUGUCCCAAGUUUUUCAGUACCUACACAGGACAGUUUUUCUAAUUUUGGAGGGUUUAGUUCAGCUGGAGGCAAAAAAAUGAAUAUUUCUAAUGAGGUUUUGAUGAGAGCUGCAAAAUUGUUCAGUAACCUGGAUGAUGAUGGUGAGAUGUUUAAAUCCAUAGAGAUGAAUGCCAGAAGUGGUUAUUCUAAUAGACACAUGACUUCUAGAAGGAAUGUUUCCGGAUGUUUGACAGAAAAAGACAACUAUUGUGGAGAAAGUUUAAAAGAUGCAAAUGUUGAAUACCAAAAUACACUGAAAAAUAAUGAAGAAAAUAUUAAUACAUUUAUGCAACUAUAUAAAGAAAAUCAGGGGAAAAGUACAAAAAAUAUUGUUGAAAAUGAUUGUAUUUCUAGUAGUACCAAAAUUAAUAAUUUAAAAGUUAUUAAAUAUUCUAGACAUAAGAUGGAAAAUGGUCUGUCAUCUAGUGAAAACCAGAAUCAGACUCUGAACAUCUCCAAAAAAAAAAAGAGUUACACUCAGUCUCAGUAUAGUUUACAAGAAGGUUUGUCAGACCUAACAUGUUUGAGCGAAGUGUCUAAAACUGAAGAAAUAUUAACUUUAAAUAUUUCAGAUGAAACAGAACUGGAUCCUAAUAAAAAUGAACAAAAGAUAAAAAAUCUAGAUGAUUUUCAAACUGCAUCUCGCAGUAAUAUAUCAGUAUCCCAAGCACCAUUGGAUAAACUCCAUUUGUUUGAAACGUGCACAGAAAAAGAGCUGGAUAAUAUUUCAUCAAAUUCCAAUAGGGAAAUGAGAAAUAGUGUAAACAUGAAAGGAAUAGAUGCUACUUCUGUAAAAAAAAACAUUAAUGUAAACCAAAACAAAUCCAAAAUAGGCUCUUACCAUCAACAAGUCUCCAUCCAACAAGACACAGAUUUUGAAAUCAAGAAUAUAAAACAGAACAAUAUGACAAGUUUCCAUACUGCUAGUGGCAAGAGAGUUAUAAUUACUGAUGAAUCUUUGACCAAAGCAAAACAAAUUUUUGCAGAAGAAAAUAUUUUCCUAGAAAAUAAGCAUAAUAGUGGUAAUUUUGAGGACUCUGAGAUUCAGGCUUUUAAAAAAAAGAAAUAUAACAAAGACUUUAUCAAAGAUUGUGAGUUAUUUGCAGAAAUCACUCCCAAAUAUUAUCAAGAAAUGCUUAACCUUACAGGUAACCUUGUUUCUAAAGAACUUGAUAAUCCACCUAAAAAGAUAUUAGAUGAUAGUCUAAUUAAACAACCUGUGGAUGUUGAAACUGUGAAAAAACUUUCAGUAGAGGUACAUUUAUCUGCUAAUUUGGACAAAGAACCUGAAGAACAUUCAGAAACUUCAUUUUCAAAAAAGCCUGUUUGUGUGGCCAUUGGAAAGUCAGGUUUAGGAUUUUAUACUGGAAAUAGCAAAAACGAUUCCCCAAGUGAGGCAUCUUUAUGUGAGGCAAGAAAGUUGUUUGCAGAGGGAAAUCUGGAAAAUUCACCAAGAAAAAAUGAUGGCUCAAAAAGUACAUUAAUUGUUUCUGCUAAUGACCAGAUUGCUACAGAUUUGCAUUUAAAAGAAGUAUCAGAUAUUCUUGCAGAACAUCCCAUUUACAUAAAUAUGAAAAAUAUUUUAACUGUAAAGGAUAACAAAAUAAAAAACGAUUCCCUUUACUUAACUCACAGGGACGAACAUUGCUCUUUUCAUUUAAAAGACGAUAGUAAAGGGUCUGACUUUCAACAUUCAAAUGAUUCAAGCCAUGAUGUGAACUGCUUCCCAGAAAAUACGGAUAGUGUUUCUCAGGAUCAGCCACUAGUAAGUCUCACUGCAGACAGAAACAACUUACUUAGUUCUGAAGAAACUUUUCAGAAUGAGAGUUAUGUGAAUCAAAACUGUGAUUUAAAAUUUCUGGAUGCCAAGAAUGUUUUGAAAAUCUCAGCCACUGAAGUGGCAGGCUCCAAUUCAAAGUUUUCUAAGGAUGGACUUGUUGCAUUCAAUACAGCAAGAGGUAAAACAGUCGCUGUUUCCUAUGAUGCACUAAAGAGAGUCCGACAAAUGUUUUCAGAAAACUGUGAUAAAUCUAGGAAACAGAACACUGAGACUAAAUCAGAAACUAAUCAAAAUGAAAUUGCAGCAAAUUGCUCUGAGACCUUGGACAGUGCUAAGUGCCCUACUUCUGCUAACUCUUCAAAUGUAGACAAGAGUGAGACCUAUAAUUCAGCUACAUGCCAUUUUCCCAAUGUAAAUGAGAACAACUAUGAAGAUGAACAAGCACUACAGCACAAUAGAAAUAAAUCUGAUACUGGGUCUGAGCCAAAUCCUCAGACAUCAUGCUUUCAGGUGAAUGACACAUUUUCUGGCCUAUGUAAAUCUCCUAAUAAACUAAAUCAUCAUCAGUCAGACUUUUCUACAGGUAAUUAUGUUUUUUUUAGCACAGCAAGUGGUAAACCUGUACAGUUAUCAGAAGAUUCAUUAAAGAAAGCUAGAAGUCUCUUUUCUGAAAUUGAAAAUAAUAAUUCAUCAGAUCAACAAUGUGUAUCAGAACUGAAAUGUGAUUAUGAUGCAUCUUCAGUUGGAGACCAAGUUGGAAAGUUUGUUGGAAUAGGAAGUACUUCAGCACUUAGGAAAUCUGAGGUAGCAAUAUCACAAGAAAAAAAAAUUUCAAACCCCAAACUGAUUUCAAAUGCUACUUUUGGAUUCAGCACAGCAAGUGGAAAGCAAGUGCUAGUUUCUGAAAAUGCUUUUCUGAAAGUGAAGCAGGUGUUCGAUGACACUGCCAACAGCAAAUACUGCUUUGCAGAUCAACUUAGUUCAAGACAAGAUCCUGUUACAGCCCUAAAAUCUUCUGUUAAUUAUGUUGGUGCAACCAAAGCAGUAGAUGAAGCCUCUUUAAAACCCAAAAUCCAGGAUACUCAUAAUGAAGAACUUGACUUAACAAACAGCUGUCCUGUUGAAAUGCCUUUACAAAACAUUUACAAUAUUAAAAUACCUGUGUGUGCACCUCACAGUGAGAAGGAUAAGCACCUAACUCUAUUAAACAGUUUUACACUUUCAGAGGAGACUCAGCUUUUUGAAAAAGAGCAUCACGGUCUAAGUAGGAUGGAAAUGGAAGCUGAAGCAGUUUCAUGCAAUGCUCCAACUAAAACAAAGCUGGAUGUUUAUCAUCUUACAUGCUCCCAAAGUUCAGAAAAAUACUUGGAAACAGAAGCAGUAGAAAGUGCCAAAGCUUUUAUGGAAGAUGAUAAACUCACUGAUUUUGGAGUAGAAAAUAAUACAAAAAAAUCCCUCUUUUUUUGUAGAAAGAUUGAUAAAAACUGUCCAUUAAAUAUGAGAAUUGGGAAAAGACGCAUGGAAGAAAAAACCUCACUUGGAGAACCUCCAAUUAAAAGACAACUAUUACCUGAAUUUGACAGAACAGAGAAUCCCCACAAAUGUUUGAAAGCUUCAAAAAGCACUCCAGAUGGCAUAAUGAAAGACAGAAGGAAGUUUAUGUACCAUAUUCCUUUAAAACCUGAAACUUGUGUUCCUUUCAGUGCUACUAAAGAACGACAAGAAGUCAAGAAUCCUAAUCUUACUAUACCAGACCAGGGUUUUAAAGGAUUUAAAUCUAAAUCUGACAUUUUUCAGCAUCAUAUGUUAAGACAGUCUUUAAGUGGUACAUCAGGUUUUUUUACUCCAUUUAAUAAGAUUUCUGCUGAAGAAAGUGAUAAAAGAAAAAAUCUGCCUGUAUUAAGCAAAACUGCCAAAACUUUUGUGCCACCUUUCAAAGUUAAGACAGAUGUUUCUACAGAUGAGCAGCAUGGCAGCAAAAGACUUGACUCAUUGAUUAAUAAGAAUAUGAAUAGAGAUAAAGAACUAAAAGAUGUCACAAUUCAACCAAAUACUGGAGAGACUGAAGGUUAUCAGUCAGAGGAGAAAGAUUGCACCAACCAAGUUACAGCAUGUAAUUUAGGAGAUAAUGGAGAUGGUGAUUCAGCAGAUUUGAUGGAAAUUAUUGCAAACCUUCACUGUGCCAGAAAUCUGCAAGAGAUGAGAAUUAGAAAGAAACAAAGGCAAAAUAUUCACCCGCAGCCAGGCAGUCUUUAUCUCAUGAAAACAUCUGCAGCAAAAAGGAUCUCUCUGAAAGCUGCUGUAGAAGACAAGUCUCCUAGUACUUAUUCCAUUGAACAGCUGCACAUGUAUGGUGUUUCGAAGCACUGCAUAAAAGUUAACAGCAUAAAUGCAGAAUCUUUCCAGUUUCUCAUCCAGGAUUUUUUCAGUAAGGAGUAUUUACUGGCUGGACAUGGAAUACAGCUUGCUGAUGGAGGAUGGCUUAUACCUACUGAUGAGGGAAAGGCAGGGAAAGAAGAAUUUUACAGGGCACUCUGUGAUACACCUGGUGUGGAUCCAAAGCUAAUUACUGAAGCCUGGGUCUACAACCACUAUAGAUGGAUUGUAUGGAAAUUGGCAGCUAUGGAAAUCUCUUAUCCACAGGAGUUUGCUAAUAGGUGUUUGACACCAGAAAGAGUGCUACUUCAGUUAAAAUACAGAUAUGAUUUGGAAAUUGAUAAAAGUCAGCGAUCAGCUAUCAAAAAGAUAGUGGAGAGAGAUGAUAUAGCUGCAAAAACACUCAUACUGUGUGUUUCUAAAAUCAUAUCAUUAAAUGAAAACAUGUCUGAUAUCUGUAGUAAUAAAAACCUUGUGGAAAGCAAAAAAAGAGCAGCAGUGAUUGAAGUUACAGAUGGGUGGUAUGGGGUUAGGGCUCUCUUGGACCCUCCUCUCCAAGCACUGUUACAUGGAAGAAGGCUGACUGUUGGUCAGAAGAUCAUAGUACAUGGAGCAGAACUUGUGGGCUCUCAAGAUGCGUGCACACCAUUGGAAACUCCAGACUCUCUUAUGUUAAAGAUUUCAGCUAACAGUACUCGACGUGCUCGGUGGCAUGCCAAACUAGGAUUUCAUCAGGAUCCCAGACCUUUUCCUUUGCCCUUGUCAUCACUUUUCAGUGAAGGUGGUACUGUUGGGUGUAUCGAUAUAGUUAUUCAAAGAGCUUAUCCUAUUCAGUGGGUGGAAAAGAUACCAACUGGAUCAUAUGUGUUUCGUAAUGGUCGAGCUGAAGAAAGGGAAGCUGCAAAGCAUGCAGAGAAUCGACAAAAACACCUGGAAGCUCUGUUUUCACAAAUCCAAGUGGAAUUUGAACAGCAUGAAGACAAACCUCAAAGAAGAGCACUGAGAUCGCGCACACUCACCAGACAGCAGAUUCAUACUGUGCAAGAUGGUGCAGAGCUUUAUGAAGCAAUUCAGAAUGCAUCUGAUCCUGGUUGUAUGGAGGGAUGUCUUAGUGAAGAGCAGUUAAAAGCCUUGAAUACUCACAGGCAGAUGUUGAAUGAUAAGAAGCAAGCUCAGAUACAAGCAGAAUUCAAGAAGGCUAUAGAGUCUGCUGAACGGGAGGAACAUGGUUGCUCCAAAAGGGAUGUGUCUACUGUAUGGAAGUUACGUGUUGUGGAUUACAGAAAACAAGAAAAAGAUAAAGCCAUUAUAUUGAAUAUAUGGCGUCCAUUAUUGGAUGUAUGUUCCCUGUUAAAAGAAGGUGGUCGGUACAGAAUAUACCAGCUAGUAGCUUCGCAAUCCAAAGGCAAAUCAGACACUGUUAAUGUACAGUUAACAGCCACAAACAAAACUCAGUACCUCCAACUACAGGCUUCGCAAGAGGUGCUGUUACAGAUUUAUAUUCCGAGGAAGGCUCUGCGGUUCAGCAUGUUGUUGGAUCCAUCUUUUCGACCAGCCUGUGCUGAAGUGGAUUUAGUGGGAUUUAUAGUUUCUGUUAGCAAGAGAACAGGUUUCACUACUCUGGUAUAUUUGUCAGAUGAAGAUCAUAAUCUAGUGGCCAUCAAGAUCUGGACAGACCUUAAGCAACUUGCUAUUGAAGACAUAAUAAACCCUUUUACACUGAUUUCUGCAAGCAAUCUUCAGUGGCGAUCUGAAUUCAAAUCAGAAAUUCCCACGUUAUUUGCUGGAGACCUUUCCAUAUUCUCGGCAAGUCCAAAGGAUCGCUAUCUUCGAGAGAGAUUUAAUAAACUGAAGAACACAACAGAGAAUGUAAAUUGCUUUUGCAAUGAUGCAGAACGCAAACUGAUGAAUUUGCUUCAAAUAAAUGACCCAAUUUCCUCUCCUAAUAGCGAAAUACAGUAUCAGAGGUCUCUGCCAUACAGCAAGCGUGACCUGAAACUUGUUCAACAAGGCUCAGAACAAAUGACCCCACAUACUUCUCAUAGUGAAGAACCCCCCAAGAACUGCAAAAAAAGAAAAGCUCUGGACCUGCUCUGUAAAAUACCUUCCCCUCCUCCAGUGACACCAAUGAAUUCAUUUGUUUCUCCAUCUUUGAAAAAGGCUUUUCAGCCACCACGAAGCUCUGGUGUCCAGUUUAACAAAUCACUGAAGAGAACAAAUCCUAACUCUGGUCAUAUCAACUCCUUUAAAAGGACAAAUGAAACUGCCCCUCUUCCUGAGAAUGACUUGGUUGCCGAUGAAGAACUUGCAAUGAUAAACACACAAGUGCUCUUGCAUAGUUUGCCAGAAGAAAAGAAGAUUGAUUGUGUGGAUGAAUCCACCAGUGCAAUAUCCAAUGAUCCAUCAGAUCACCUUUUACUCAAAAAUAAUUCUAAGUCUGCUGCAGAAACAAAAACUUCACAAAACAGUACUGAAGGAGCUGAGGCUUCUGGGAAAGACACAAGGGAAACUGAGGGCUUAUUAGUAAUCCAAAAGAAGCUACAAAGGCUAAGAAAACGAAAAUGCUACUAAAUGCAUAUGUACAGUACUGUAUAUACUUCAUAUUUAAAUGAUUUUUUUACUCUUUGCACAUUGUAAACAUUUAUACAGUACCUAAUUGUAUUUAAUAAUGCACAUCUAUAUUGCAAAAACAAAGGUUUAAUAAAUAGCAUUUACUCUAUUGAAUAGAAAACCUUAGAGUUGAACAAGAAUGGUGCAAUUUUUAU